UGUAGGUCACACCUCAAAUCUCCCUAUGUCUGGCUGGCUGAAGUCCUCGAUGUGUGCUGUUGACAUCUAAAUACAGGAUGAACCCUCCAAAUUGGCAAUGCUUCAUGUUUCCUUUAUUGCAAAGUCAUACCCGAAUGUGUUGGUGAUCAACAUUAUCAAUACCAUUCUCGAGAGUUUCACCCCGGUCCCUUAGAGCGACCCUCUUUUUGGGCUCUUGAGCUCUCAGACUCUGGAGCCCUGCUGGUGGAUUGAGCCAUACUUUUUCUUACCUUACCUUUACGCUACCACUCUAUUCGCCGUUCGGCUGCAUGUUCCCCUGCUCCCUGGUUCCUCUUCACCCAGUGGAUCCGGAACCAACAGGAAGAGGAAGACCCUCUUCACGUAUCCCAGGCACAGGCACAAGGCCCCCAUCAGCUGGCAGGGACUCCCGGACUUUGUGAGGUCAGCUCAAUACCAGAUCCGGCAGUAUCUCGUUGGACCUUGGUGACUUGGUGCCUCACAGCGGAGCAAAAAGUGUAGCAACCAUGACUGCGCUGCUGGGGACAAGCCAGCAGGAUUCAAGGCGAUUGGGGGAAAGUUUGUGGAUGUCAUCGACAACCUUCUCGUCCAGGUUCUGGGCAGAGCAAGAACAGCGGGCAAGUGGACGAAUGAAGGCCUUUGCUGGCAGUGCUCUCGCUGCCCCGGCGCGCGUACCUGGCGUGAUGGGCACGCUGCCGUGGGACCCAUCACGAUUGUCACCAUCGACUGGUAGGCUUGGACCGGGGGAGAUGGAGGAGGACAAGUUAUGCCAGCACCGCCCUCGUCCCUGGGCGGCGGCAACGAUGGAUAAGGACAUGGGGAGCGUUGCCAGCGUGGUUCAGCAUGAGCUCAUAAGUUUCCUUGACGACACGGAUACGGACGCAGACGAGUUUAUCCUUUGCUCGUCUAAUAACCCGUCUCCUUCUUCUGUUCCCCUUGCGCACUUUCUGAUCGACGAGGACGAGAUCGACAGAGAUCCUUCAUCAACAAGAGCCACCAGAAGCACCAGCACCAACACCGACAUUAUUUCCAAUAGUAUCCGUAAUAAUACUUCGUUUUACUCUUCCGCACGCUCGAGCUUUUCAUCAUCGACAACGACGACAACAACAACAAAUUUAACGUUUACAACCACGUCGGCAUCGACAGCCACCACGACAACGGCGACAAUGGCGCCAACGACCAUUACCAACAGCUUCCUCAGCAUUGGGGGAGUUGACAACAACGCCGCUAGGAGCAAUGGCAAGAAGACAGCAGUAGCAGCAGCGGAGACGGCGGCCGGUGGACGGACCAGCGAAGAUAGCGUGGACCGGUCUCACGGCCUCUGGAACUAUUUGCAUCACGGACUCGACGGGUACAGCUCGCCCGAUCUGCGUUUGCUCCAGCACAACCAGCAGCAACAGCAACAGAGCCAGCAACAUCAUAAACAGUCCCCUUCGUCAUCGUCAUACCAUAACCUCUACUUGCGGCCCGACUCGUCGAGGAGCCACCAGCACUUUCACUUUCCCCGGACGAGCUCCGAGUCGGGUUCCCGCUCUGGCACUGGCCCUACCCCGACCGCGACAGCCAACUCGACGACGUGGACGCUGAGGAGCGGCAAGAGCCACGAGAAGAGCAACAGCAGCGGCAGCAAGAAGACCACGGCGACGACGGUGUCUGCCGCAAACUCGGCGACGAUGGCUGUGAAGCCGACAAAGGUCAAUACCACCGGAUCAGCAACAAUUACUGUGCCGCCUCCGCCGGUGUCGCCUUCAUCGUCGGGGCCCUUUGGGGCGCAGAUGACGAAGCAAGAAUUCGAGGCGUUGCCGGAAGCUAUUCAGCGAAAGUACUUUAGCUCCCUCGAACGUCUUCACUUUGCCAGUCUUGCCCCGGCUCCUACUCCGCCAUCCACACAUAUCGACAUCUACUUUGAUCGUCCAGACACCGCACCCACACCAAAGACAUUGAAGCAGCGCCGUAAAGAACGUCAAGCCAGACUUGCAUCCGAUCAAGUGUCCGACCGUGUCAAGAGACGGCCUUCUCGACGUGCCAACUUCCGCGCUUCGACGAGCUCCUCCGUCUACGUACGGCUGCCCGACAAGAUUCGGAAGAGGCACUUGACUACCGAAGAGCAGAUUGUUGCUUCCCGAAACCGGAGACACGACAUCAUCCUUGACCCUGCGGAUGAGGCCAUCUACAAAGUUCGAAGACGAGCCUCUAGCCUGAUUGUUCAAGACGAGUUGUGGAGUCCGACUCUAUCGGUGAGACCUUCGACAAUGGAGUCUCGGCGGCCGAGCCAAGAUACGAGGAAACAAAUGCCCAAGUCGGAAGAGAAGAAAUCCCCUGAAGCCCAGAAGAAGCGGGACUCCUUUUACGACAGCUUCCGUUGGUUGGAGGAGGAUGACGACCUAGACCUGCGUUUACAUCUCGACGAUUACCACGCCAAUUUGCGAGAGGAUCUACCGGCCAACUCGAAACAGCGCAGGCCGUCGUUUCGCAGGCACCUGUCCAUCUCAAAGAUACCUUUCGGCCGCAACUCGCUCUCCACCAACCGCCCCGGUACAACACCCGCCGGUGCAAGCCAUCCCACGACCCCGCUGUUUUCGAGUUCUCCAGUCAGCCCUCAGACAAGCUCUCCGGGACACGGCCGGCGAAGAUCACGGGCGCUGUCUCUGAUUUCACCAAAGCAUAGUCCCCAGGACACUGUCGCUGCCUUUGAUCCGGAGGCUGCACACUACCAAGAUCCCGAGGCCCGGCUGAAACUGCGAGUAUAUCUGGCCUCCCCUCAAAAGUUUGACGAGGCCAUCGAGUUCGGGUUUCCUUCAAAGGAAGCAAUGGUCACCACCAAGCCUAGCAAGGACGUCAAGCCAUUGAAAUACCGACAAUCCAGGGCAGCGUUGGUGGACGAGUCAGAAAAUCUCCGCACCUUUCUCGCCGACGAUCGGUCGUCGAUCUUCAGCGAUGAUGGAUCCCUUGAUUCGGAUUCUCCCAAGACGCCCCAUACAGUGGAAAUGACAGCGCUUCGGCCGCCGCCCAUCAAGAAUGAUCAGCUUCACUCUCCCAAACCAUCGACGGAAUACGCACGGAUGCCGGCAGAGGCGAGAGAAAUGACACUGCGCAUGACCCUCACCCGACCCGACCUCCGAGCCCACGAGGAUCAGAUGUACGGCUGGCAACAGAAGCCGUUACCGCCUAGGAAAUUCCAAUCCAACGGCUUACAAGACGAAUUUCCGACGUCGACGUACGUCCGAGAUGCGUCGUCAAAGGAGAGCAUAGAACGUCACUUCGCGGCCAUGGACCAGGAAAACGCUCAGGCCAACGACCGAGGCGUCAUGAAGCGCUUUUGGAAUAAGGUCCGGCGAGGACCGGCAUAGCGCUCGCCAUUCCUUUCGACCAUGCUCGGACCCGAUGCUCUCGAAUCGCAAAUCUUAACAAACGCCCGUUAGACACAGGCAGCAAGAUUGCAAACAACAACCUGCAUAAUGAACUUAGAAAACAGCACUGUUUCUUAUACCCCCAUUCAAUCUGUAUACUGCCGAAAUUCCAUAGUGUCUAUUAUUUCCUAUCUCAACAAAAUUCUUCCAAAGCGACCUUUUCUGGGGUAAUUGUAUUAGAGCUGGGAGUCACUGUUAGAAGAAGCAUAGGGGGGCCGGGGGGGAGGGGUAAUGUGGUAGUCGGAGAGGAAUCAGGGCCUUUAACCGCCCUUUCCGCCUGUCACAUUUGACUCAGUGUUACGGAUACGUUGGAGAAGAGAAAGGUCUAGAGAGAUGGCAGAUCUUUUACCUAAAAAGGGGGGAAAGCAAGGAGUUGCAUAGGGUAGCACCGUCAACUGGGAGAAGGGAUGCGCUCGCGCGCAAAGCGUCAACAGAAUAGGCCAAAC